AUGAAGCAUCUCGCAGCCUAUCUCCUCCUUGGCCUUGCUGGCAACAGCUCCCCCUCCGAGUCUGAUAUCAAGGAGGUCCUAUCCUCUGUCGGAAUCGAUGCCGAUGACGAACGUCUCUCCAAGCUCCUCGAAGAGUUGAAGGGCAAGGAUAUUGGCGAGUUGAUCGCUGAAGGAUCCACCAAACUCGCAUCCGUCCCAUCUGGCGGCGGUGGAGGUGCCGCCCCCGCUGCUGGAGGUGCUGCUGCUGGCGGUGCCGCUGCCGCUGAGGAGGAGAAGCCUGCCGAGAAGGAGGAGGAGAAGGAAGAGUCUGAUGAUGACAUGGGAUUCGGUCUCUUCGACUAA